AUGCCCAACACUAUCCUAAUGCAAGAUUUGACGAGACUUGCAUUCGACCGGUAUCUAGAAGAGGACGAAACGAGAAAGCCAGUCUUGAUCAGUCUGAAGAAGGGGACACUUUUGCCGGCGCCGCUGAUCGCCUUUUCUUUCGAUCCUUCCAAGUUCUCACUCCAACCACUGCACCCGAUCGAAUUAUCCAAACUGAACAGCGUGCUCGAUGAGCUUUAUUCGACAGAGGCAACUAUCUUUCAUGCUGAAGAGUGGUUUGACCAAAAUCCAUUCCACGAUGCUGGACCAGACAUAUAUGACUUGUAG